GCCCCUCACAUCACCGGAUGGAUCCAGUAAUGGGAACCCACCAGAGAGAUGUCCCCGUCCUCUGUAUUCCCGGGACUCCACACGGGAAGAUCAGGAGAUCCCUCAGGAUUAUGAGGGUGAAGACCUCAUUGUUAUUAAGGUUGAGCCUAUUGACGAUGAGGAGAUUUAUAUGACGGGUGAUGAGCUGUGUAAGGAGGAGGAAAUCCCCCAAGAGAUCAGAACUGAUGGGCGAUAUAGUGGUUGUACCAUAGAGGAACAUCUCAUUAUCAAACAAGUGUGUAAAACGGAGGAUGAAGAUGUUUCCACAACCUCAAAUCUCCAUUCAGGCGGGCGACCUCCCGAUGACCCGCGUCCCUCCGAGUCGGAGGAUGGCUUCACCCAACCCGAUGAACUUAUUCCUGUAGAAAUAACGGACGAUGGCACCAGGCUUUUCUCCUGCUCCGAAUGCGGCAAACGCUUUAAGCAGAAGGCGGACGUCGUCAAGCACCGGCGGAUUCACACGGGCGAGCGCCCUUACCCGUGCUCAGAGUGCGGCAAGUGCUUCAUAGAUGCCUCCCAGCUCUCUAAGCACCGGAGGACUCACACGGGGGAGCGACCUUACUCCUGCUCUGACUGUGGCAAGCGCUUCUCGGAGAAAUCCAACGCCGUCCGGCAUUGGCGGUCACACACGGACGAAAAGCCCCACCCAUGCCCAGAGUGCGGCAAGUGCUUCAAGAACAAGUCCCACCUGCUGACGCACCUGCGCUUCCACACAGAUGAGAAGCCUUACGCCUGCUCGCUGUGCGGGAGGAGCUUCAAGCAGAAGUCGGACGUGGUCAAGCACCAGAGGCUUCACUCAGGGGAGAGGCCGUACUCCUGUUCUGUGUGCGGAAAAAGCUUCUCCGGCAAAUCCAACCUCAUCCGGCAUGAGAUUACCCACACGGGGCAGAAGCCAUUCUCUUGCUCCGAUUGCGGGAAACAGUUCGCCCAGAAGUCCCAUUUGGUCACCCACGAGAAGCUCCACGCCGGUUACAGGCCCUUCUCCUGCUCAACGUGCGGAAAAAGCUUCACGGAUAAAGCCGUUCUAGUCCGCCAUGAGAAGAGUCACUCGGAGGAGAAGCCCUAUUCGUGCUCGGAGUGCGGGAAGAGCUUUAAGCAGCGGUCGGACGUGGUGAAGCACGAACGCAUCCACUCCGGGGUGAAGCCGUAUUCCUGCACAGACUGUGGUAAAAGCUUCGUCCAGAAGGCCCACCUCCUCAGCCAUCAAAAAGUUCACAUACGGGACAAUCCAGAGGAGGGAGUUGUAAGCGAAGCUCUUCCCACAAUCUGCACAGGAAAACGGCUUCUCACCAGAAUGAAUACGGCGGUGUUUGACCAGGGAGGUCUUCAGUGGAAAGCUCUUGCCACAAUCCUCACAGACGUGAGGCAUGUUACCAACGUGUUUCCUCCGAUGUUUUAUGAGGACAGCCUCCUGGGUGAAGCAUUUGCCACAUUCGGGGCAAGGAAACAUGUUAUUGAACACAGGCUUGGUAACAGGUUGGGACAAGCUCCAGUCAUGCCCAGAUUGUUCAACCAGUGGAAGUCCCGGAUGAAGAUAUUUCGUAGUAAGAGCAAGACCUCCGCUGAGCAUGUGACCGUGUCCCCGAGGAUGGACGAGGACAGAAGAAACCGAGUGGAGAGGGUAUUACACCUCACCCUGGAGAUCAUCUACUUGCUGACCGGAGAGGACUAUGUAGUGGUAAAGAAGACUUUCAUCAAAGAAUUGAGCAGAAAGCAGAGCCCCACCAUGGAGCCUCCAUCUCCCUCAUUGUCACCAGAGAGUAACAUUGACAAGAAGAUCCUAGAAGUCACCCAGAAGAUCAUUGCUCUGCUGACAGGAGAGGAUCGAGAUUCUCUUGGUCAGAGGGAUCUGAGGAGGGAGGUCUCCAUGAAGAACCUUCAUUCCAUCACACUCCUGGAUUUGUUAACUGGUGGAUACACCUCUCCCAUCUCUCCCUCACCGGGUCAUAUGAAGGACAAUCGUGGUAUCACUGUCAGCUCCCAGACCACCAGAUCCACCUUAUCAGAGGAACAAUGCAUGUCCCUUUAUCCAGAGAAGGCCAGUGAGAGGUCAAAGUUACGUGAAGAAUAUCAACCACGUGCUAACUUCUCCAAACCAAUCGGUGCUACUCGUCCUAUGCAUUUGCCUUUUAAAAAAGCGUCGGCCUCAUCUACAGAACCACAUCGAUCUUCUUCUGAUGUUUCCACCUUUGUAGAUCCUAAACAACAUAUAUUGGUCAAAAUUAAAGAGGAAGAAGGCGAUCUCCUAGGCACUGAUAAUCCAGAACCAACACAAGAGACACUUGACGUGAAAGACGAAACGCGGUCAACCGACGGACAUCUCCAACCAUGUGACCUUUCCACCAGCUCGGAUUACAUAGCCACAAUUAAGGAGGAAUCAUGGGAAAGUAGUGAUCAUGCAGAUACACCAACAGAGAUGGUGGCAGGUCACCUGUCGCACGUGGAUUUUGUGGUGUCCGCUAUCGGAGAGCAGAGUCGAAUGGCGGAGAAGCCGUAUCCUUGCCUAGAGUGCGGGAAGCAUUACAGCAGCACCAAAAGCCUCAAUAAACACAUUCGCCUCCACACCGGGGUCAAAGUGAACUCUUGCACCGAGUGCGGCAAAAGUUUCUUUAACAAGUCUGGCUUGCUCAAGCACCAGCGCAUUCACUCGGGAGAGAAGCCCUUCUCCUGCUCCGAGUGCGGGAAGUGCUUCAUCAGCAAGUUUGAGAUCGAUAUGCACCAGCGGAGCCACACUGGCGAGAGGCCUUAUUCCUGCUCCGAGUGCGGCAGGUCCUUCAGCACCAAGUCCAACUUGGUCAAGCACAACCGGGUCCACACGGGAGAGAAACCCUACACCUGCUCCCAGUGUGAGAAGAGCUUUUCUAUUAACUCCGACCUGGUGCGCCACAUGAGGACUCACACGGGAGAACGACCGUAUUCCUGUUCCGACUGUGGCCGCAGGUUCAUCAGUAAAUCCAACCUGAUUCGGCACCAGACAGUCCACUCUGGAACGAGGGAGAAGCCCUUCACCUGCUCCGAAUGCGACAAACGUUUUGUCAGCAACUCGGACCUGGUGCGCCACCAGAGAGUCCACUCGGGGGAGAAGCCCUAUGCCUGCAGCAAGUGUGGAAAAUGCUUUUCCAGUCAAAUGUCCUUAAAGGCUCACGUGAAACGAGCUACGCGGGGGAGCGAUGUGGAGGAGCCACCAUGCGUUCCCUAGAAAGGACUCUACAGCUUGAAGGCACACUCGCACUCUGCAGUUUACGGUGGAAGCACUUGUUCGUAAAAUUCCAUGCUGGCUUCUAGAUGAGAUAGACAAUUCAGGGCCCUACAGACAUGGGGCUAGAUUCAGGUACAAGAUACGACGGCGUAUCUCCAGAUACGCCGUCGUAUCUCUG